AUGCCCGCAUCCCACGUGACGGCCCGAGCGCCAGCAGGGGACUGGUCUUCUGCAACCCCUCUCGCCCCUUUCUGCCCCUGCUCCAUUUCGACCUCUUCAGUCCGACGCUCCAUGAAAAAGGGAGCUUUCUUGCAAUUUGCCACCCCGAGGCUGUGCUUUAAUGGUGGAAAGGGUGGUUUUCCUCGUGGCCGAUGCCGCCGACUCGGGAACGGCGUCCCGCUCCCGCUGCAAGCCUGCAACUCAGCUCCAGAGAGUGAGAGACCUUGGGUGGGCUUUGUGCUAUGCCCGACAGUGGCCAUGCCAAAACACGCCGCACCAGAAGUGUAA